AUGACUAAGGUUUCAAUUAUUAGACACUUUUCAAAAUCAGUUGCAAAAUUAUCUGCUUCAAAUGUUCUUAAAGCAAAGGCUCUGGUUUCAGAUGCUACUUUGGUCUCACAUUUGAAAGCAAUUGAUGUUGCAAUUGAAAGCAAACCACGGAAUGAUUGGACUAAGGAGCAGAUUAAAGAAAUUUAUCAAACUCCACUUCAGGAAUUGAUGUUCCAAGCUCAACUUCAACAUAGGAAAUUUCAUGAUCCUUCCGAAGUUCAAUUGUGUACUUUACUCAGUAUUAAAACAGGAGGUUGUACUGAAGACUGUAAAUAUUGUGCUCAAUCUUCAAGAUAUGAUACUGGUACUGAAGCUGAAAAGUUAAUUAAGCUUGAAGAAGUUAAGUUGGCCGCAAUUAAAGCUAAAGAAAAUGGUUCCACUAGAUUCUGUAUGGGUGCUGCUUGGAGAGAUAUGAAUGGAAGAAAAUCUGGUUUGAAAAAGAUAUCCGAGAUGGUUAAAUGGAUUAAUGAUGAGUUGAAGAUGGAAACAUGUGUCACUUUGGGUAUGGUUGAUGAAAACCAAGCCAAUAUGCUUAAGGAUGCUGGUUUAACAGCAUACAACCAUAAUAUCGAUACUUCAAGAGAGCAUUACCCUAAAGUCAUUUCAACAAGAUCAUAUGAUGAUCGAUUAGAGACUAUAAAGAACGUUCAGAAGGUGGGUUUGAAGGCAUGUACAGGAGGUAUCUUGGGAUUAGGUGAAACUGAAGAGGAUCACAUUGGAUUUCUUUAUACUUUAGCUACCAUGGACAAGCAUCCAGAAUCCUUACCAAUCAAUAGAUUAGUUCCAAUUAAGGGAACUCCAUUGGAAGAAGAGCUUUCGAAGCUUCCUUCUGAUCUGACUAGAAAAUUGAAGUUUGAUUCAAUUAUUCGUACAAUUGCAACUGCUCGUCUUAUUAUGCCUGAAUCCAUUAUUCGUUUGGCUGCUGGCCGUUACACCAUGAAAGAACAUGAACAAUUCUUAUGUUUCUUGGCUGGUUGUAACGCCAUCUUUACUGGUGAAAAGAUGUUAACUACCAUGUGCAAUGGAUGGGACGAAGACAUUGAAAUGCUUAAGAAAUGGGGGUUGAAACCAAUGAAAUCCUUCCGUGACAAGGAAAUCGAGGCUGUUGAAUCUUCAGGCAAUGCCGCUUCAAAGGAACAAGUAUUUGCACGGGUUUAA